AUUUUUUCUUUUUCUGUUAAUAAUAUGUCAGAAGAAGCAAAACCCCAUAAAGAUGUUUGGUUUCAUAUAAAGCAUUGGAAAAUUAUCCUUCCUAUUGCUUAUGUUACAUCACUUUUAUACAUGAUUAUUUCUCUAUCAGGAGUAUUUUACCAAGUGGAAGAUUACAACAUGGAAAAUUGCGUUAAAAUUGAAGGACCUUCUGAAUUUACACAAUGUGAAGAUUUUGUUUUAAGUAAAGAGGAUGAUGUUGCUUAUGUUGGUUGUGAUCCUAUUCGAAUAAAAUAUAAUAAGGUUAUGGGCAUUAAUCAUUUGAGCUCUAAUGAGCCUGUGAUUCAAGGUGCCAUUUGGAAAGUAAACUAUACUGAGACGCCAGCCAAUAUUGAGAAAUUUAAACUUGUUGGCCCUGAAAAUGUACUCGCAGAUUUUCAUCCAUUAGGUAUGGCACUUGACGUUCAUCCAGUCACUGGUGAAAAGACGCUAUUUAUUAUGAACUUGGCACAUCAUGCACCAUCCAGUAUUGAACUCUUUAGUCUUAAUGGCGAUACUCUUGUUCACAAACAUACAAUUCAACAUCCCAAAAUCUAUUCACCAAACUCACUUCAUAUCUUGAAUGAUAUUCAAUAUCGAUCACCUCUAGACGGCACUCCUUCCUUCUUUUUCUCUAAUGACCAUUAUUUCAGUAACAAGAAUUUUAUAAGUAUCUUGCUAAAGAAGAUUGAAAAUUAUAUCUUGUAUUUCAGUAAUGUUGGAAUUUAUAAUGCGCGUACAGGACAAGUUGAAAAGGGUGUGAAUGGUCUAUUGUUUGCUAAUGGGUUAGCAGGCACAGAUGAUAUCUUAUUUGUUUCAGAGACCCACAAAAGAAUGAUAAGACAAUACAAGAUUGUUAAAAAGAAGGGUCGUAUUGAAUUGGAUUAUGUCUCAAAGACUAAAUUUAAAAUGGCUGUUGAUAAUUUACAUUAUGAAAAGACUAAGGGUUGGGUUAUUGUAGCAGGCCAUCCUAAACCUUUAAAAUUUAUAAAGUAUAUUCUUCGUUAUCAACACCAGAAGCCCCCCUCACAGGUGGCCGUCUGGGAUGUUAAUUCAGGUAAAACAAGCUUGAUAAUACAAGAUGAUGGUGCUUUGUUUGGUUCUUCAACCACUGCCGCCUUUGACUUGAAAAAUUCAAAGCUCAUUGUCUCUGGCCUUUAUGAAGAUGGCUUAUUAGUCUGUGAUGUUUGAAGAGUAAAUUAUUAUCCCUACUCCAUAUUCUCUAUAAUACAUUAAUAAAUACUCAAAUGAAAUAAAACAAGACUGAUUUAAAAGGAAAAAG